ACUUUGUCCGCACUUCUGAUCAGUCUCCAAGCAAAUGGCGUCUUACAGGUGGAGUCCGUCGCGUCAAUUUAUCACAAAUGAUGAAUGAAUCGUGAUAUUUGUUAUAAAUAACAAUUAAAUUUACACAUAAAUAAUACAUAAUGAAAAUAUGAAUGAGGCGAGUGGUGGAAAACAAGAUUUACCAAAUACUACAAACACAACAGUCUGGGAUGUUAUGUCGAGUCAGUCGAUGUCUCCGGUAGCAGGCACAAUGCACCACCACCACAAUCUGCACCAUCAUCACCAUCCUUCAAUGAUGCAACAGGAUCCUGGCUCAAAUGUCAGCCAAGUUAUUGUACCAACUCCAGUCAAACUUCAACCCCAGCAAAUUCCCCAGACUCAAAAUAUUGUCGAUCAUUGCUCUCCGCUGUCACACUUACAGCAGCCAAUGCCGAUAAAUCAAGGUGCACCAGGUUAUCCAGAAGCUGAAUUGUCAAUAGAACUCCAGCAGCAGGGAUGGAAAAAAUUUUGGAGUAAACGAGAAAAUCGGCCGUACUUUUGGAAUAAAUUAACUGGAGAGUCACUAUGGGUAAUGCCGGGUACCAAACCUCAGUUUGAUCCCAUAACUGAUCCUUUGGGAAUAUGCGGAGGCGGUGCGCCAGUGCCACCAGGAAAUGGGCCACUGACUCCUGGUACUCCGGGAGGUCCUCUAAAACGACGUGCCUCUGAAGACGGUAAUCCGACAGUCGCUAUAAAAAAAUUCGUACUCGCUGGUCCAUGGGAUCUCGAUGUACCGACAAAUGUUAUAAUUUAUGAACGGGCGCCGUCAAAUUUACUGCACGUUCACCCGGACGCGGAAGCUCUUCGUUGCAGCUUGCUGUCAAAAUUGCGUCAGUGUUACCAAGAGCUUUGUCACACGCGCGAAUCUAUUGACGCGCCAAAAGAUUCGUUCAAUCGAUGGCUUAUGGAGCGCAAGGUGAUUGAUUGCGGCUCAGAUCCGCUAUUACCAAGUCAGUGUUUUCCUGAGAUAUCAAUGUCGAUGUACCGGGAAAUAAUGAAUGACAUCCCGAUUAAAAUAGUACGGCCUAAAUUCACUGGAGAUGCGAGAAAACAGCUAUCGCGGUAUGCAGAGGCUGCUAAAAAAAUGAUUGAGUCGCGAUCAGCUUCUUCGGAGAGCAGAAAAGUCGUAAAGUGGAAUGCGGAAGACACUUUUCAGUGGCUAAGACGGACAGUUGGCGCAACUUUUGACGAUUUUCAAGACCGACUUGGACACUUGAAGCGUCAGUGCCAACCUCAUCUUACAGAGUCUGUUAAAACGAGCGUGGAAGGAAUCUGUUUAAAAAUAUACAAUUUAUCAACAGAUUACGCUAAAAAGGUCAAGGACAAAAACCAUCAAAUAUUAAAGGAAAAUGGGCUUGGAGAUGUGAUACCUCUAGGUGGACCAGCCAGUACUCAACGUAAAGUCUGGUGUUAUCCAGUGCAAUUUUCAUUACCGGCGCCGCGAUUACCGCAAAUCGAAUAUCUUCCUGAACGUGAACAAACAAUGUUACGCUAUCACGGCGACACUAUGUGCAUUAACAAUUCCCAUCUAACGAAACUCGAACACUUAUACAGGUACAACUGUUUUGAUGAUAAAAAAUUUGAAAUGUUUUUACCACGUGUUUGGUGCGCACUUAAACGCUACCAGACUUAUCUAGGAAUAAAUGAGGGCCAUGCCACGCAAAUGGCAUUGCCUGUAACUGUCUUCGAGUGCCUGCAGAGAUCAUUUGGCGUCACAUUUGAAUGCUUUGCCUCUCCAUUUAACUGUUAUUUCCGACAAUACUGCUCGGCGUUCGCCGAUACCGACUCGUACUUUGGGUCACGCGGGCCUUUUCUGGACUUCAGGCCUGUAAGUGGAUCUUUCGAAGCCAACCCGCCGUACUGCGAGGAACUAAUGGAAGCCAUGGUAAAUCAUUUCGAGAGACUGCUGUCUGAUUCAACGGAGCCGCUGUCUUUUAUUGUUUUUCUACCGGAAUGGCGCGAUCCCGCACCGAACGCACUAAUCAAACUGGAAAGCAGUCAUUUUAAACGGAAACAAGUGGUCGUCCCUGCUAUGGAACAUGAAUACAGGCAUGGCUUCCAGCAUAUAUUACCCAAAGGGGAAGUUAAUAUCAGAGCAGCGCAUGGUACUCUGGUAGUCUGGCUUCAAAACGCAGCUGGGACAGCGCGUUGGGGUCCAACUGAAGAGCGAGUCGAGUCGCUUCUAGAAGCUUGGAGACCAGGGAGAGAGCGAGAACGUGAUCGGCAAGAACUCCUGUCGCCUCCAAGACAACCGACUCACCAACCAAUACCAUCUACUCCGCUGCCUUUACCGUCAACAUGUCCAGCAGCUUCACCGACCAGUCCCUCAAUCGCGACCACUAUUCCACCUCAAUCACUUACAAUCCCCGCGGGAAUUCCUAGUGCAUCCGUACCUACGACUACUAAUUCACCCACAUCGACGCUACCUUUGUCUUCAUCUGUUCCAGCUCAUCCCAUUUAAUCAUGAUAAUUAUAAUGAUCUCAUUGGUAAGCAAAAUUUACUAUUUCACUAUCACAGGUCAUUUAUUUCUUUUUGAAAUUCGCUCUUACUGUCGAUUUAUUAUUUAAUUAUUGAUAUUGUAAAUAAGAAUUUAAUGCACAUGCACUCUAAACAAAAAAACAAAGCAAAAAAAAAAAAUGGUUGUUACUGAGUUUUAAUGAGAUAUAUAAAUUUAUUUGCCGUAGAACUCAUGCUUAUUUUUAUUCUUUUUUUAGAUUUAAAUUUAACAGUUUGCUUUUCGCGUUUACUAUUAUUGUCUUUUUAUAUUUUUUCAAUUAAAAAAAAAAAUAUAUAUAUAUAUAUUAUAUUAUAUCAGUUGAGUGUACAUUAAUAUACUAGAUAAAAUAUAUAGAGUAAUUAAAAGAGUUAAUAUUAGAAGAGAAAACUAUUAAAUCAGAUAUAUAUCAUUGUAAAAUUUAUUAUCAUAAAUAUUGUUAAAAAAAUAAUAAUAAUAAUAAUAAUAAAUUGGCGUAACAAUUAUUUUAAAAAAUAUAUUAAUAAAUAUAUGUAUUGUAUAGGGGAAGAAAUAAAAAUUAUUAAAAAUAAAACCUACAUGUUUUAAAUAAUUUAUCAAUUUUUUGUUAAUUGUUAUGACGACUAAUUGAUAUAUUCAUAAAACAUGUAGAUUAUUUAAGGGGGAAAGGGGUUUGAGAUACAAAAACAAGAGAAUAUUUUUAUGAUUUUUUUUCAGAGUGCCUUCUUUUUUACAAUUCUUAAAAUUUGUGACAUUAUUAAGCAUCAUUUCAAGAAUAUUCUGAUAAAUUUUCGUAAAAAAAUAUUGAAAAAUAAGCCAGUGGUAGUGGGGAGAGACGAGUCACCUGAAAAAUAAAAUCUCCAGUAAGCAGGAUAACUCUUUUUUGAUUUCAGAUGAGGCAGUCAUGAGUUAUCCUGCCUACUGGAGACUUUAUUUUUGUGACUCGUCUCUCCCCACUGUCACUGCCUUAUUUUUCAAUAUUUUUUUACGAAAAUUUAUCAGAAUAUUCUAGAAAUGAUGCUGAAUAGUGUCACAAAUUUUGAGAAUUUUAAUGAAGAAGCUAUUGUGAAAAAAAAAUUACAAAAAUAUCUUCUGUGUUAUGUAUCUCAGACCCCUUUCCUCCUUAGAUAAAAUAUUACUAGAUACUUGCCGUGCAAGAUUAAAAGGGACUUAAUAAUAAAAAUAUAAAAAAAAUAAAUAUAUAUUGAAUUGAAGUAUAAAAUAAAUUAAGAAAAAAAAUCAUUACAAAGAUAAUUAAAGUUAAUCAAUAGUUAUGGCGCCUAAAGUAAUUGAGUAUAUAUAUAUAUAUACGUAAAUUGUUUUUAAAUUAUAGUAAAAUAAAUUUAAAAGUUUUAAUUCGUCAAAUCAUUUAUUUCUGACUUCAAAGCAUCGUCUAAUAAAAUAUUCGUUGAUUUACGCUUCGAUAUAAUUAAACUUUUGUGUUAGAGUUAAUUAUUAGUAGUUAUCAAUUGACGUCGUACAAUGAAUUAUUUAAAGAAGUGUGCAUGUACAUAAUAAAUUUUAAAAGACCGAGCACUGAAAAUAUCACUUACAUUGUUUAUUUUAAAAAUAUGAAUGUUUAUUAUUCAUAAUCAUCUUCAUUAAUAAUCACAAUAAAUUUUUUAUACUGUAUACAUAA